GCCGCAAAUAGUAAAUGAGAUUUGGAUUUGAUUUUAUGUUAUCAAAACGUAAUAAACCAUGAAUCCUUCCAAUGGAACAGUCUGCACAUAGUGAUUCUCUUAACUGCACUCUACCCGUUUGCUGAAAUGUCAACCAAAUAGCAAAAAAUGAGUUUAUUUGAGAGCUGAAUUAAGACAAAUCUCUGUCUUGAACUCCUCUGCAGCUCUAAUGAAUAAUUUCGUCAUUUUCUUAGCUGUAAUUUCCUCAUUUCAACCGCCAGUAGCUGUCAUCUCAUCCCGUUCAAUACCCGACCCGACAUGCAAGGGUCCCGACCCGACAAACCUCCGAUCCGACCAAAUGACGGUGAUAAUCAGCGGUUACUCGGAGCACCGGAUCCCGCUGCUCCACUCGAUCGCGUCUGCCUACUCCGCCUCGCCGGCGGUGGCCGACGUCGUCCUCCUCUGGUGCAACCCCUCCACCACGGCCCGAACCCUCGCCGGCCUCUCGCGGAACCUCUCCGGCGCCGCCGCUGUGCUCCGCGCGCCCUCCUCCAGCCUCAACCACCGGUUCUAUCCCCGGGAGACCAUCAGGACCAGAGCCGUCCUCAUCUGCGACGACGACGUGGAACCCGACCCGAGAUCCGUCUCGUUCGCGUUCGCUGUCUGGAGAUCUGACCCGGAUCGGGCGGUGGGGCUAUUCGCCAGGUCGCACGCAUACGACCUCGCGUCGAGGACCUGGAUCUACACCAUGGAGAGGGAGAAAUACUCGAUCGUCCUCACCAAAUUCAUGAUCGUCGACAUCAAGCACCUCGUGACUUAUUCGUGCGGCCGGGAGUACCAGGAGGCUAGGCGCAUAGUGGAGGAGAUGAACAACUGCGAGGAUAUUCUGAUGAAUUUCGUGGUGGCAGAGGAAAACCAGAGGGGGCCGGUGCUGGUGGGGGUGAGGGGAGGCUGGGUGAGGGAUUACGGGGACGCACGAAACGAUGGGGCGGCAGAGGGGUUGAGGGAGGUGGGUUUGAGCAGCAGAAGAGGGGAGCACAGGAAGAGGAGAGGGGAGUGUAUAAGGGAGUUUCAUAGGGUCUUGGGGAGGAUGCCAUUAAAGUUCAGUUAUGGGAAGAUGGUGGAUGAUGUUGGGGAACAAGGGCUGUGCAAGAAAAGUGGCAAGUUGGUUUCCUGUGAUCAGCAAGACUCCAGGGCCUAACCAUCCUUCAGAACCCGGUGAAGAAAAUGGGGAUGAUGCACAAUUAAAGGAUUUUUUCCUUCCUUUCCGAGUCUUCUGCACACGUAGAGAUAUACAAUGCUUUGAUGUUGUGCUGGAUGACACAGAUGUAGCAAAAGGUAUCCUCGAGUUCAUAAAACAAUCUGCGAUUGACGUGUUGGUUCUUGGUGCUACAGUGAAGGGCAGCAUCUUCAAAUUCAAAGCAAAAGACAUCCCUGGAAGCGUGUUAAAAGGUGCCCCAGAUUUUUGCACCAUAUAUGUGAUCCACAAAGGCAAGAUCUCGUCCACACGGGCCGCAUCCCGCCCGGCCCAAUCCAUUCUGAGCCCGAUUCAUAACCAGAUACUGUAUCAAGCCAGCAGCAAGAUUUAUGGAUCAGAACAGCCACCAACUGCAACCACCCCCAGUUCUAGAAGUUCAUAUUCAGGACAUUGGCGGCCAGGAUCUGAACCAACACCAAGUGCGAGGCAGAUGGAGGCCAAUGCUAUCAAGCGGGCUCCGAAUGGAAAAGCAUACGAAUUGUCUACACCAGAGACAGACAUAUCAUUUGUCAGCCCAUCCACUAGGAGAGGUGUCGACGAUAGCUUUGAUGGGGCCCCCACUCCUCCUCGGCAUUCUGGAUUCUCAGACAUUGACUAUUCCGACAUGUGGCACCAGGGCCGCAAAUCCAUGGACAUCUCAAUCCCUCUUGAACUCCCUGCCUCUCCAGAGAAUGAGAGGGCAUUCUCGGCACAUACAAUGGAUGAAGUAGAAGCUGAAAUGAGAAGACUAAAGCAGGAGCUCAAGCAAACAAUGGAUAUGUACAGUACUGCAUGCAAGGAAGCACUAUCUGCAAGAGAGAANGCAAUGGAGCUCCAGCGCUGGAAAAUGGAAGAACAAAAAAGGCUAGAAGAGGCCCGGCUAGUGGAAGAAGCCGCACUUGCCCUAGCAGAGAAAGAAAAAGCCAAGUCGAAAGCGGCCCUCGAGCAUGCUGAGGCCGCCCAGAGGCUAGCCGAGCUGGAAGCCCAGAAGAGGAUCAAUGCAGAAAUGAAAGCCCUAAAAGAAGCAGAAGAGAAUAAUAGGAUGCUCGGUAUAGAAGGUACACAAUCGAGGAGAUUGAAGUGGCUACCGAAUACUUUGCGCGGUCGAGAAAGAUCGGUGAGGGAGGCUAUGGCCCUGUCUACAAGUGCUACCUGGACCAUACGCCUGUAGCGGUCAAGGUCCUGCGACCUGACGCAACUCAGGGGAGAUCUCAAUUUCAGCAAGAGGUAGAGGUUUUGAGCUGCAUACGGCACCCAAACAUGGUCCUCCUCCUGGGAGCCUGCCCCGAGUACGGCUGCCCCGUCUACGAAUACAUGUCCAACGGCAGCCUCGAGGACCGUCUCUUCAUGCGCGCCUACACCCCUCCUCUUUCCUGGCAGCACCGUUUUCGAAUCGCGGCCGAAAUCGGCACUGGCCUCCUCUUCCUCCACCAUGCCAAGCCGGAGCCCCUCGUCCACCGAGACCUAAAGCCCGCCAACAUCCUCCUCGACCGAAACUACGUCAGCAAGAUCAGUGACGUCUGCCUCGCCAGACUCGUUCCCCCCUCCGUGGCCGACACUGUCACCCAGUACCGCAUGACGUCGACAGCUGGCACAUUCUGCUACAUCGACCCUGAGUACCAGCAGACGGGCAUGCUUGGGGUCAAAUCCGACAUUUACUCACUUGGCGUUAUCUUUCUGCAGAUUCUCACGGGCAAGUCGCCCAUGGGUCUUACUCACCAUAUUGAGCUGGCUGUCGAGCAUGGCAAAUUCAGGGAGAUGUUUGAUCCGAAUGUGGCUGACUGGCCGCUCGAAGAGGCACUUGUGCUUGCCAGGCUGGCGCUACAGUGCGCGGAGCUGAGGAGGAAAGACAGGCCUGACCUUGGGAAAGUAGUGCUCCCACAACUGAACAAGCUGAGGGAAGUUGCGGAGGAUUCGAUGUCGAAUGUGGUGCCGUAUAUGGGAAACCCAUCACCGAGAGACAGUCAGGUCUCCUUGUCCAAAGAUGAUUUGAGUUUUCCAGCAUCACCAUCCACAGAGUCAAGCAUGGGGACCUGAUGUGCAGGUAGAGAGAAUUGAUUGAGAAAAAUAGUUCUGGCUGUACACAAAAAGAAGAAAUCAAUAUAUUUUUUUUGGUUGUUUAACUGUUAAUAGAAAGCAACUGAUUCUCCUUCUAAUUUAGUUUUAUGUUCUUUGAUCUAAACAUCUUUAGGCUCUGAAAAAUGGUGGUGCAUGUUUUGUGUGGGAUUUUGUAUCUUCCGCCCUGAUAGAUAGUCUGAAAUUUGAACCAAUGAACAAGGCUUUUAUCUUCUUUUUUUUUAACGAUAG